AUCUCCGCGGACGCGUUGCACGUACGGCAAACGUGGAAACGGCAAAAUUUAAACGCAACAUAAACAUUUCAAUAUCCCUUUCUACGUUCGAUAUUUGAACUCAAAUUCAAGACGCGUCUAGUCACGAUGAGUGCUAAUGAACGAAUGGCCGCCAUAUUGAUUUUAUCGAUAACAUGGCUUAGUAUUGCAAUAGGUUGUGAUGUUAGUGAUGUUGCGGUUUAUUCUGUGAAACUGAAAAUGUUAUGGAGUGAAGAAAGGUUCCCAAAGGACUAUCCAACAAACCGUCCUAAAGCACAAUGGUCAACGGUAUUUGGCCAAUCUCACAACAGCUCCUACAAGCUGUACCACGUGGGAGACGUAUCCAGAGAAACAGUACGAGAAUUCUCACAAUUCGGCAAGAUAGACGAGCUGGUGACUGAAGGAGAUGGAGACGAACGAGUGUAUGAUCAGUUCUCGGCGCCUGCAUUGGGUAUAGGCACAGGAGAAACUAGCAAUUUUGUCUUCGUCGACGGCAGUCAUAGCUUGGUGUCUCUGAUAUGUCGGCUCAUCCCGUCGCCCGACUGGUUCGUAGGAGUGGAUGCUCUGAAUCUGUGCCUCGAGGAUGGCUGGGUGGACCAGAUCACGUUGGAUCUCCGGCCACUAGACGCCGGUGCAGCCAGCGGUCUCACCUUCACAGCUCCUCGCUGGAAGACCACACCUCCAGAGGCUGUGAGGAAACACGCGCCGAAGUACCCCAACCACCCCUCUGCAGGCUUCUACUACCCUGACUUGAAGGAGCUGCCUACGAUUGCUACCGUUGAGUUUUCUAAGAUUGAGGAAUACUCUAUCAAAGACCUCAACGAAUUAGCAAAACAGAAACUUUUGUCCCUUUUGAAGUUGAAAAAUAAACACAAAGGUUAUCCAAAAACUACGACUGAAGCGAAUAUAGAAGAUGAUGAAGUUAAAGAAGAUUCCGAUGAAGAAGAAAAAGAAAGAAGUGUUGAGAAGCUAACAGAUUUGGAAGAAGAGCCUUUCGGUACACCAAGACCAAACAUGCCAGAUAAUAAUGUGGUCGUUGUCACUACUACAAUGACAACCACAAUUAAUUUCAGAACGACAACAGAGGGCGAGUUCGACAGUGACCUUCAAAAUAUGGAUGACGUGGUACUGGCCGUAGCCAAGGGCCGGAGACUGGGCUUAGGGAAGCACUUGCCCAGACACUUCAGAUCACGACUGCACCAUGCCGUCAACAGGAUACAACCCAAUGACUGUCUUGUAUCAGAAUGGAGUGACUGGUCUCCUUGCUCCAAGACCUGUGGCUUCGGAGACCAGUUUCGAUCCAGAACUGUCCUGAGACAAAAGUCUCGAGGCGGUAGAGACUGUCCCACACUGAAGGAGAGGAAGCACUGCGGUGAUGUCAACUCGUGCGCACAUAUCGAUUAUUUUGAGUGGUGAUUCUGACUUAUUUUAGACAAGUUAUACAUUAAAUAGCUAACAUGAAGCUAAAACAAAAAGUAAUUAUGGUCAUUAUUAUAAAUACAAACUUUUAAUGUAAUCACUGAGGUCAAUUAAUUGACAAUACACAACUGCUAGAAUGGAUGAGUACCUAGGUACUUAUUUGAAGCAGUUGUGUAUUGGAUAUCCUAUAUGUGUGUAUUGAAUAUGUGGAUAUCGUUAAAUAUUAGUUAGAAAGUAGGAUAUCCAUUGGAUAUCAUACUUUCCAAUUAAUAUUUAUAACAAAAAUCUCAUUAUCUUCCUUAUCAUGUCCCAUCAUUUGGUGUCAUUUCUCUCCCGAAGUCCAGUCCACUCUUGACCAAAUCUUUCAUAUCUUCCUACACACAGUCUAUCUAUCACUUUUUUGGUCUUCUUCUCCAUAUGUAACCUUCAUUUUCAAUAUUAUUCUUUAAAUGAGAGGUUAUAAAUGGAUAUAAAUGUACAUUAUACUCCAAACCCACACUUCUGUGUGUUUUGUAUCCGUUCAAUGAAUGAAAAUAUUUAGUUGCACCCCGGAUGAAGAACCUAAUAGUUUAUACAUUUAUAUAGCACAAAUUGUAGUGAGAUCUUAAACUAAAACAUGUAUAAGAUGUGAGCAGUAAAAAUCUCUGUGCAGCCUAAUAUAAAAGUUAGGUACCAAAACAGGUCAAGCCAAGGGUUUACGUUCGCUGUAUUUAAUAUUUCAUUCGUAAUCUUGCCGUCCGUUUUAUCGCACUUGUAGGCCGCUAUAAAGCGCCUGCUUUACGACGGACCUCUUUUACAACUUUCAUAUGAUUGACUUAAUUAUUCAUGUAUAGAAAAAUGGGAGGCUUGAAAGAGAAUGUAUGCAGUUAUUUUUUGGCGACAGACACGCAAAUUCACGGAUGCGAAUUACAGUACAACCUUUCUUGAAAUUUAGGAGGGCGAAAAGGUUUUAAAUAUGAGAUUAGUAGGUACUCCGUGUACAGUACUUACUAAUUCCAUGGUGACAAAUACCUAAAACAUUUAGGUGAAAUUAAAAAGAAACAAUAUACUAUCUGAUAAAAAAUUGCUGUACCU